ACUUCCUAAACCCUAAUUUCUGUAGACGAAAUUCAAAAAGGGUUUAAGCAUUUCUCCUUCUCCUCAACCUCAGCCAUGGCGUCAACCCCAACUGCAGCUCAAUCUGACAAUCUCGUCCGUUUCAUAGGCAAAAACUACGACGUUUCCCUGAACCAGUCAAUCGAAACUCUGUUAACCUCUUUGCGAAAGUCCAAUUUCCAGAAUUCCGCUAAUUUUGUAACCGAGUUUCAACAAUAUGUGCAGUCGAAACCCGAGCCGCCUCUGGAAAGCAUCUGGGUUUAUGCAGCGCUGAGUUUUAGCUCGCAAAAAGCCGAACCUUUUAGUCGUCUUUCAGAAAUUAGAGAUUUGUUUCAGCUUAUAGUUUCUUGCUCCGCGUCUUGCAAUUCGAUAAAGUGCAUAGCUUUAAUUGCGCCGGUUAUAUACAAUUUGCAUAAGUUAAUUCUUGAUUUGAAGGGCUUUCAGUUGGGAUCCAAGAAAGAGAGGAAACUAAGUGGAGAAAUCAAAAGUUUGGUGGAAUCCGUUUUAGGGCAUAUAAAUGUAUGCUGUAAUGAGUUUGAUCAAAACUUUGAUGAGUUGGAGAACUUGAAUAGGCCUCUUGAUGAUUUGAUUAGUGUUUGGUUGGUGGGUAACGGUGACCAGGCUAUGAAUGCAGAGUCUUUGAGGGUGUUUUUUCCACUCUUGAGCGAUGACAUUGCUAAUAUGGUUAGUGUUGAAGGAUGCGAGACGAUUGAUCUUGCAGGUUUUGUGGUUGCCGAGGCUUUCCUCUUGGAGUUGUGCUGGAAAAUUCGAGAAGAGGGUUUUGGGGAGAAGGUGCAAAGUGAUCUCAGAUAUUGGAUUGUUGGCUCUGUUACUGGAUUGCACAGUUCAUAUUUAUAUGGGACUCUUCUAAGAAUGCUUUUGGAACCAGUUUUGCCAAUAAGCUCCCUCGUGAACCUUGAACAUCAGGAUGAUUUGAAGAAAGUUCUGUUUGAUGCUCUUUUGCUGGUGGAGUAUUCUUUUCUCAAUCCGGAAAGCUUAGGUAAACUGCCAGCAAAGCAUGCCAAACGCGUCAUGGUUACCAAAUUGAUUGCUAGUCACGAAGCAAUUGAGUCAUUUAGGGAACAAGGAGACCAGACGAAAACUAUCGCCUAUCUGGAUGCAUUCACUAAUUCUAGCUUGCCUAGCUUAACAAUUAAAUGGAUCAGGAAUGAGCUUGGCAGUGACUUCAGCACUAGCGAACCAACAGGAUCAUCACCACGGGCAUUUCUAAGAUGGAUGUUGAACAUAGAGAACAAAGGAAUAAAAAUAUUCGAUGAUGAUAUGUCGAAAUUUCGUAGUGCUUUUAACUCUAAGGAGCUCUCGGAGCAGCUUGCAGACAUGGAAGAAGGGAGGAAGCCUGAUUCUGAUCUGCUCUUCUAUAUGGACUACAAGGGCCGUGAAGAAUAUGGAAGCGAGGAUGAUGAAGAUAUGGGUGGAAGAAUGAACGCUGCGUUUACUUCUGCUGCGCAGUCGAUGGGGUCGUCUGAGCAAGGAGGAAGAAAACGGAAGACGAAAGACAGUAAGAAGAGAAAGAAGGUGAAGUUUGUGAAGUAUAAUGUUAGUGAAGAGGCACCCUUGUCACCAGGGUGAAAUGACGAUUCCGACGGUAGGGAGUGACCUUGAGAAUCCAUCCUCGGAUGUGGAAGUGAAAGACUGAAGAUUUCUACUCUGUUAGGAAGAAAAUGUAACCUCAAUUUUCAGCUUAUGGAUGCAUCUCAACUCCCUUGCUUGCCAUUUGUAUGUUGUUUCACUCGCAAUAGGAAGCACAUUUUAGGAUUUAUGUGUUAUAAUCUUUUUUUUUUCUUUAUCGGGAAGAAUCGGCUUGUUGAAACGUGAAACUUGUGGACAAGAUGAAAUUACAUUCAACUUAUUGAUUGUUCAUGUUA